UCUUCUUCCUCGCUUCAACUUUGUUUCUCUUCCAUUUCUGAACGAGAAAAAGGCUAGUGCUUUUGCUGAAGGUUUACAGAAGGUUUAUUCCAUGGCGGAGGAGCAUAAGCAUGAGGAAUCGACUGCUGAGUCGAUCAUGGAGAAGAUUGCUGAGAAGAUCCGCGGACACGACGAUGGGUCCUCGUCGUCCUCCGAUUCCGAUGAUGAGAAGAAAUCUUCGCCUUCGUCCCUUAAGGCGAAGAUUUACCGCCUGUUCGGAAGGGAGAAGCCUGUUCACAGCGUUCUCGGUGGUGGAAAACCUGCCGACAUUUUUCUGUGGAGGAACAAGAAGGUAUCAGGUGGAGCGCUAGGUGUGGCAACAGCUGCCUGGGUCUUAUUUGAGCUACUUGAAUAUCACCUUCUCACGCUUGUUUGCCACAGCUCGAUCUUCGCUCUUGCAGUACUCUUCUUGUGGUCUAACGCCAGUACCUUCAUUCACAAGACACCUCCUCGUAUCCCUCAUGUUCACAUCCCGGAAGAACCCGUUAUCCAGCUUGCUUCCGGGCUAAGGUUCGAGGUCAACCGUGGUUUUACUGCUCUGAGGGAUAUCGCAUCAGGAAGAGACCUCAAGAAAUUUCUCGUGGUGAUUUCCGGGUUGUGGGUUCUGUCGAUACUUGGUAGCUGCUGCAACUUCGUGACGUUGUUCUAUAUCGCGACUGUACUUCUCUUCACCGUCCCUGUGCUCUAUGAAAAGUAUGAAGACCAAGUAGACGCCUUUGGUGAAAAGGCGAUGAAGGAGAUUAAGAAGCAAUAUGCAGUGCUCGACGAGAAGGUAUUGAGCAAGGUCAUGAGCAAGAUCCCCAGGGGAGCCCUGACCAAGAAGAAGGAUUAGACUCUUGUCUGUAAGUUUUCUGAUCAGCCCCGAUUGCCCAUGAUGAAUUGCGGUUUAGCAGCGUCGUCUCGACCGUUAUUGUGGAAUAUUUUGGUAAAGAUAACCCUUUUUUUGUCUCGUAUCUCUUGUUAUGUCGGCUUUAAUCGGGUUUUUUUCCAAAUUUUUAGCCGUAUAUGGAUGAUAUAGUUGAUUAAUGUCUUCGUGUUCGUCAUUUCUGCUUUU